AUGAGUUCCCUCCGGGGCAUUGCUUCGACAUCUCUUCUCCUUCGGCAGGCAUUUGCUGCACCACGCAUAAGUCAGAUCCGCACAGUUUACCGCCCAGCUGGCGCCACCCCGAGCCCCAUCGAGGCAAAACAAGCUGCAAAGGCACCGCAACGAUAUUCUCGACCGAUCAACGACGAAAUCGAGGCCGACAUCAUUCAAAUCGUGAACCAGGAUGGACAACUCGACGUCCCAACACGGAAAUCAAACGUGAUAUUUUCAAUGCGACGUAACGAGCAGGUUCUGGUCCAACUUGAUCCUGGUGGUCCUGAUCGCCCAGCAGUAUGCAAAAUCAUGCCAUUGGCCGAUUUUCGAGAUGAAGAACGAGCAAAGGAGAAGGCUGCAAGAUUGGCUAAGCACUCGGCGAAGACAUCAACGAAACAGAUUGAGUUGAAUUGGUCUAUUGAUCCGCAUGAUCUUUCUCAUCGGUUGAAGAAGCUGUCUGGGUUUAUUGAGAAGGGUCGGACGGUGGAGAUUAUCUUGACAAAGAAACGAGGCAAGCGUAUGGCUACGGCAGAUGAGAUUAAACUGUUGAUGGACAAGCUCAGAACUGCCAUUGAGGAAGCUAAUGCUCAUCAAAUCAAGCCCAUGGAUGGGGAGAUUGGUAAAACACUUACCAUCACUGUGGAGAAGAAAAAAUAA